AUACAAUUGAUGCCCUUUCACCUCACCCGCAGAAAUUGCACUGCGGCGAAAGCCACUUUGAAACAGCAGCCGGCGAUAGUUCAGGCUGGGUCAUCCUGAUCAGACUCCAGGGACCUUCACAUUGCUGGGCCGCGCGGUUCUGGCCGUUUCGGAAUGCCGCCGCCGACGUCCUUGACUACGGCGAGACGGCCCAGCCACCAUCUGUGCAGGGGAUUCGAUGCUUCUCCGACAUACAUACAGAUAUCAAGCUUCCGUCUUUCCAUGUGAUCUUUCGUACAACCACCCACAGCCCAUCUGACCCUCCAUUGAUCCAACAGAGCAGGAAUCUCGACAUCCACUGCGCCUCUGGGCAAGUCCCGCGAGCAUGGCAGGAGGCGUUCGCCUCCUUAAACUGCCCGCCGAAUUGGUAGAGCGUAUUGCUGAAUACGUGGACGAUGCUGAUUUGAUCGCUCUGCGCUCAACGUGCAGGAUAGCGGACAGCCAAGCUAUACGCGUGGUACGUCACCCCCUGUCCAACCUUGCGCUGCUCCGGGCGUGCGACCCAUAUUGGGUUCGACAGCCUCAAGCCGCUGGAGGACGGCGAUGAUAUCGCAGAUUUUGACACUCACAUGGACAUCAAGUUUGCGGACCGAUUCUUUUCAACGCGCACGACGAGCUUGAUGGGAUCGAGUCUUGAGAAUCUCGAGCAGAUCUCUCGUCAUCCGAUAUUCCGAGAAGCCGUGAAAAUACUGGUCAUCCAG